CCAGUAUUAAGGUUGACGAGUAGCGUGAUCUGAGGCUGAGAGUGAGUGCCAGCGAGAACGAUGCAGAAAUGGUGGAAGUUAGCAGUAGUAGUGGGGAUCGUUGGGAUAUUCAGGGAAUUGAGCAAACAAUUGGGAUGGGAUAAAGACGCUGCUCUCCAGGUGUUUGCUGAAUGGUCCGAUCGGUUGGGAGUGUGGGCGAUGCCUGUUUAUGUUGGGAUUCACACUGUUAGCCUCGCACUAUGUUUGCCCUACUCUGUUUUCUUCGAGGCUGGCGCUUCUUUACUCUUCGGAUUCUUUCCUGCUGUUCUCUGCGUGUUUUCCGCCAAAGUCUUCGGGGCUUCCCUCUCCUUCUGGAUCGGCAGGUUAGUUUUCAGGAGUUCAAGUUCAGCCAUGGAAUGGGCACAGAGAAAUAAAAUUUUCCAUCUCCUUUCUAGAGGAGUUGAACGCGAUGGUUGGAGAUUUGUCCUGCUUGCCCGCUUCUCUCCAAUGCCCUCUUAUGUAAUCAACUAUGCACUAGCUGCUACAAAAGUUGGGUUCCUGGUGGAUUUCCUGCUCCCCACAGUCAUUGGCUGUUUGCCAAUGAUCUUACAGAACACAUCCAUAGGCAGCCUUGCUGGUGCUGCCGUUGCUUCUACAUCUGGGUCUCAGAAAUCUCAGGUGUGGUCUUACAUAUUUCCCAUACUUGGUAUUGUAUCCAGCGUCCUUAUUUCCUUGAGAAUAAGAAAGUACUCCAAUGAUAUCACAACAGUAGCAUCCUCUCCUAGCAAUCAUGCUAGUGACUGUAAUGAUGUUGAUUCAUCUCAAACACUUUCUGGUAGAACAGGUGGUGACAGACCAAAGAAGAGUCGUUAGAGAAGAUGCAACUAGUGGAAUAUUUCCAUGGAUAUUUUUGCUAAUUCUCCUCUUAUAAAUACAUAUGAUUUCUAAUCCACUGUGUUUUCUUUA